AUGCCACUAUCCUUUGUCCGCCUCUCCGAUGCGCCCAAAAAAGUGAAAUCGAUAAAGUCCGCCUUCGAGAGCGAGAGCUUCGAUGCCGAUGGCACAAUCCACGUCGAUGGCCUAGUGGGAUCCGCAACCAUCUCGCCUUCGGGUCGAGAUGUUGCUCUAGCAUCCAGAGCCAUUACCGAUGCCAAUUUCUCCGCCCACCACCCCGAUUCUCUCGCAACUUGCGCAGUGGACGGAUAUGUCUACUGUUGGGACCUUCGGAGGCCCAGACAGCCAGUCCUGGCCUUUUGUGACUGGUUUGCCGGCGCCACCCAGGUCAAAUACAACCGCCAGGACCCAAAUGUUCUAGCCUCUGCCCAUGACCGCUGGCUUCACAUCUGGGACGCCAGGAAGGCAGCUGAGCCUCUCAAAACUAUUGAUGCCCACACAUCCAAGAUCUACGGCAUCGAUUGGAACCGCACCAUAUCCACCGCCCUUGUUACGUGUUCUCUUGACAAGAGCAUCAAGUUUUGGGAUUACGGCAAAGAUGAUAAAAAGCCCCAGAGGAUAAUUCGCACAGAGUUCCCGGUCUGGCGAGCACGGCAUACACCUUUUGGCCAUGGCCUACUGGCGAUGCCGCAGACGGAGCCAGGCAACCUGUUCCUCUACGAUCAAUACCUUGACCCCGAGACACCCGUGGACGGCACGGUCAAGCCCGCGGCCGUCUUUCCGGGCCAUGGGAACCACAAAGCCAAGGAGUUUCUCUGGAGAAGCCGUGGCGGUGUGACCAACGAGGGGGUGGAUAACCGCGAAUUUCAGCUGGUCUCUUGGGGCGAGGACAACGAGCUGCGUCUUCACAAAGUCGAGCAAGAGCUUUUGGAGUCUGUGGGCCACGUUCGGGGGAAGCCAUUGAUGAAGAAUCUAGGACUCACUCGAAGGGGUGCACCCUACAAAACCUUUCGCACUGUCGACGAUGUGGUCCAUCGCGACCGCCGGAGCCCGACCAUGAGUGACCGCCCCGGCAACGGUGGGCAGCUUCGACACAGUGCUCUCAGCAGCGGCCUGAAUGCCAGUAUCCGCCGUACCGGGCCCUCUUGGCGGGCCACGUCCAUGAAGGCGAAAACAAAUACAGGCAAGCACAUGGAUAAGACCCAACUCCAGAUUGGCUGGAUGAAGGGCAUCACCAUGUCAAAAAGGAAGUCUAGUUCUGAUGCCCCCAGCCGAGCUGGUCCUGAGGAUUCGGGCCUGUUCGGUCAUGGUUACGAUAGCGGCUGGGGCGAGCCCGAGGCCAUCCAGGAUGAGUUCCUCCGUAUCAGCAACCAGCUUCCCAACGUGAAGUGGGAAAACAUCGACAUGGAUUCUCUCUCACUGAACGCGUCUUUGAAGGGGCCGUGGGGCGUCAACCGCGAAACAAUCUUCAUUAAGGUCAGAGUGGAUAUUCCUACCAGCUACCCGAAGAGCAAGGCCCCCAGGUUUGUCGUUGAGAAAUCUUCGUUUAUGCCAGACGAGACGCAUCGGAAGCUUGAGCAUGAACUUCACGAGCUUGCAACCCGCUUCCUGCAGCGAAAGCAAAACUGCCUUUAUACGGCAUUCACAUACCUUCUUGGAGAAGCCGACUUGGAGUCCAGCACCGCUUUCUUCCACAACGUCCGAGAUCUUGAAGACGACGACGCCCUCGCUGAUGAGAGCUCGAGCGAGGAGGACGACAACGACAUCCCCGCUGGCGGCUCUGCAUCCAUGUCGCAGGAGCUCAGUGCCAGUACCGAACUGGACCCUUCGGCAACUCUAGUCUCGGCCCAGCGCCAGGCGGUCACUCCGCUGCCCAUGUUUUGCGGGGCCAGAUUCUCCAACGACGGGAGCCAACAACGGUACACAAAAUCAAUCUGUGGUACCAGCCAGGGCGCCGCUUCCGGAAGACCUGGAGCGCCAACGAGUCUAUACGGUCAAGCGGCGGUGGGACUGGUGCUGGGACGGGAACCGGCACGGGGACAAGCCGUAAACGGCCUGAGAUACACGACCUUCAGCACAGCGGACAACCUGUGCUUGUCAUUGCAAAGGACGCCGUUUCUUACGCGGAUGAGAGAGGAAGGCGAAGGAAAGGUCACAACCCCGGGGUCUAACUUGGCCGGUCGUGUUCGAUGGGGCCAUCACCCGCUCGCUCGGGAUCUGAUCAACGAUCUCUUCGACUACUUUGAGCAGAUUGCUGACAUUCAGAUGCUGGCCAUGCUGGCGUGUAUCUUUGGCGAUUACUCUAUCGAAGAGGAAGCAGCCAUAGCAGCGUCUCAUCUUCCUCAGCCAAAGACGCCACUACCUAUGAAGGCUCCUUCGUUUUCGCUCGAGUACUUCCCUACCGAUCCCGCGCUCUGGAACUUGAAUUACAAUAAGAGCCAGGCGAGUUCGGGUAUAACAACUCCUAGAACAGCCCACACCCCGGCCAUGUACUCGGACCCGUCAAGCUCCGAUGAAGUCUCGGGCUCUCUCGAACCGCAAUCAUACUCAUGCGGAGAGACCCCCCCUAACCAUGCUCGAGACCAUCUACGGGGUCCUAGCCAAACCCAAAGUCUGUCCACGUCCCCCAAUAACAGGCUAUUUCACCGGUCCAACUCAACCGUUGCUGCCGCGAUUGCUGCUAGUCUCCCGCGAGCGCUUGCUGGCAUGGUAUCAGGUUCUCCGCCGGAUCCCAUUCGGAAGCGGCUAAGCCCUGCUGAGACUAUGCUAAGCAACCUUACCCCCAACGCUCUUGCGUGGCCUGGCUCCGCUGUGUCUGGUGGUGGCUUAGAUACCCCUGGGACAUCGCGGACAUCGUUCUCAGAGGACGAAUAUUGGAAAGAUGACCUCUUCUCCAUGGUUCCCAUCGCGGUGUCUUGCGCCCCGAAAAACCAAGGUCUCUUCGACGAUGACGGUUGGAUGUCGACGCCGUUGAUAGACGGUGCCCGCUCCCAACUAUACUCCAGCUACCGCUACGCCUACGCCGAGAUGCUUCAGAUGUGGGGCCAACCUCUCUCACGGCUCGAGAUCAUGAAGUUUGAUGUCCUCAGGGACGACACGCUCUCUUCCGGACACUAUAUCGAGGACUCCGCGCCCAACAACACCCCGAUUUAUGCCACUGGCGCCACCUCUCCAACAUCCCCCUUUGCCGAUCGCCGCAGCUUUUUCAAAGAACUCCUCACCUCCGCUCGCGGGGUCGACGUAAUAGGGUUCUGCGGUGUGCACCCAGGUAUCCCGCUCGAGCCGGUGGAAUACCUUCGCCCAACACAAAUCAUCCCCGCCACUAUCAUCAAUGGUGCACCCGGCUCCGCGAGCCACGGCGCCAGCAGCCCUGCGCCCAUCAUCAACGGCGCGGUCGGCGUCUGCUACCGCUGCACCGCCGAGCGCGAGCACGCCGAUCUGGUCCCGCAGACCGAGCUGGUGUGCGUCUACUGCUGGGAGCCUGCGGUGAACCUGUAUGUGCCGUGCAUCACGUGCGGCUGCGUCCUGCACCAGACCUGCCUCGCCGAGUGGCACGCACUGGGCGCCAGCGAGUGCCCCGCCGGCCACGACUGCCACUGCGCUGAAGAGGCCACCAGCCAGGCUCCCGGCAGCUGGGCCGGCUUGCGCGCCGCGGCGUCGAUGCGGAAUCCUACGGGCGGUGAUGGGGGGAGGGGGCGAGAAAGGGGCGGUAGCAGCGGCGGUGGGGAUGACAGUGGUGGUAAUACUCGAUCGGGCGGCGCGACGCCCAGGUCGGCGCGGUCUAGACGCAAGUCGGCGCCGGCGGAUGCCGCCAAGUUCCAUAUGCUGCGCAGGAUGAACGACUCCCCCGUCACCAUUGGACCGGAGACCGGGCCCGGCACUGGGACCGCGGUCGCGACCACGCCCGGGGCUGGAAGCGGUACAGAGACUGCCAGCGUCCGGUCCGGAGCGGGCGGUACCGGCAGCGCCGCCGGUAGGAUAGGCGCCACCGCACGCAGGCGGGGCCAUGAUGAUAGCGUCAUUGAUAGGACGGAUCGCGAGAGCAUGGGUUCGCCCGGCCCGCAGCAACAGGGAGAAGGCAUCCCCUCGGUCACGGUCACGGGCGCCGGGGGCUUGCUGGCGGGCGUGAAACCGCCGCCGCGCGGGGAGGAGCCCAUCUCAGCGGCGCAGCUGAGCUUGGGGAAGAGGUUGAAGAAACAGCUGGAGGAUUCGGGACGGCCGGGAGUGCCGAGGCGGAAUUCGGGGGGUUUGGCGAUGUGGAAAACGUCGAAUGGUGUGUGA